CAUAAUCCAGCAGUGCGUACAGAAGCGGCGAAAGUAGCUAAGCGCACAAACUAGAAAUAAUGGCAACACAACCUCACAGCAAGAAACGGAUAUGUUACUACUAUGAUGGUGACAUAGGUAAUUAUUACUAUGGCCAAGGGCAUCCCAUGAAGCCACACAGGAUAAGGAUGACACACAACCUAAUCUUAAAUUAUGGACUGUACAGAAAAAUGGAAAUAUACAGACCACACAAAGCCACACAGGAAGAAAUGACAAAAUUCCACAGCGAUGAUUACAUAAAAUUUUUGCGAAGUAUUCGACCAGACAACAUGUCAGAGUACAACAAACAGAUGCAGAGAUUCAAUGUUGGAGAGGACUGUCCUGUGUUUGAUGGUCUGUAUGAAUUCUGCCAGCUCUCUACUGGAGGAUCAGUAGCUGGAGCUGUCAAACUGAACAAGCAGGCAGCAGAUAUCGCAGUUAACUGGGCAGGAGGCCUCCAUCAUGCCAAGAAGUCUGAGGCCUCAGGUUUCUGUUAUGUCAACGACAUAGUGCUGGCCAUUCUGGAGCUACUCAAAUAUCACCAGAGGGUGCUGUAUGUAGACAUUGACAUUCACCACGGAGAUGGUGUGGAGGAGGCGUUCUACACAACAGACAGGGUGAUGACCAUGUCAUUCCACAAAUACGGCGAGUACUUCCCUGGUACUGGUGAUCUCAGGGAUAUUGGGGCAGGGAAAGGAAAAUACUACGCUGUAAACUUUCCCCUGAGAGACGGCAUAGAUGAUGAUUCUUACGAGUCAAUAUUCAAGCCAGUAAUGACAAAAGUCAUGGAGAUGUAUCAACCCAGUGCUAUAGUAUUGCAGUGCGGAGCAGAUUCCCUGUCUGGGGACAGACUGGGCUGUUUUAAUCUCACGCUCAAAGGGCAUGGUAAGUGUGUGGAGUUCAUGAAGAAGUGGAACCUGCCAUUGUUGUUGUUGGGAGGCGGUGGCUACACGAUCCGUAACGUUGCCCGGUGCUGGACGUACGAGACCUCAAUAGCCUUAGGAGUAGAUAUAGCCAACGAGCUUCCAUAUAAUGAUUACUUUGAGUACUAUGGACCAGACUUCAAGCUCCACAUUAGUCCUUCAAACAUGGCCAAUCAGAACACACAAGAAUAUUUGGAAAAGUUAAAAACUCGUCUGUUCGAGAACCUAAGGAUGUUACCACAUGCUCCCGGUGUACAAAUGCAAGCUAUUCCAGAUGAUGCCAUACACGAGGACAGUGAGAAGGAAGAGAAGGAGAAUGCAGAAGAGAGAAUCUCCAUUCGAGCAAGUGACAAGAGGAUAGCGUGUGAGGAAGAAUUCUCUGACAGUGAGGACGAGGGAGAGGGCGGACGUAAGGACAGGCAGACAUACAAGCACAAGACAAAGAGACCACGGACAGAGGAAGGGGAGAAGAAAGAAGCAGACAAAGACAAGGACGAGAAGAAAGAGCCUAAGAAAGAACCCAUGGAGGACUCUGGCAAAGAAUCCAAACCAGUUGAGAAGAGUGCUGAGGAGAAACCAACAGAUGCUCCAGAAAAGAAAGAAUCAGCAGUAACACCCAAGCCUGAAACAGCAGCUCCUGAUACAACAGAGGAGAGCAAAAAACCUGAUGAAGAGACAAAGAUGGAGCAUUAAUCAGGGACAUAAGUAAUGUCCACCUUCUUUAUUCACAGUCAAAGAUGUCCUCAUGAGCAGUGAACUCCAGCUGAAAGCAGGAUAAAACAAGGGCAGAUAACUCCUUAAGAAGUGUGCACUGCAGUCGGUUUUAGAGCCAGACACCUUUGAUCUGAACUGCUAGCACUCAUAAUAUUUAUUGACAUUUCUUGCCCCUCUAUUUUAGAAUGAAUUCACCCAGAUGUCAUUUUCCUACAAGGUUUUGAAUUAUAUUCCAUGGAUUAACCACCAAAUGAACACGGAAUAAACUCUCCCUUUUUCCAUGGUCUUUUUUCUGAUUCUUCAGGAUCUCAACUUGAUUUGGUUUUGUCUACUACAGCAAAAACAUGAUGUUCAGAAAUUUUCCAUAGGUAGGCAAGUGCCUUACAGAGACAGAAAGGAUUGUCACCAGCUCAUUUUGUAUUUUCAACGUUUUUAAAUUUCAUUUUCUCCCACUGUUUUGAAUCCAUUUUUAUAUCAUUGCAUGUCAUAUGCAAGUAAAAAGAUAUACCCACGGUCAUAUCAACAUUGUAUAUAUAUAUAUAUCUUGCGAUGAAACAUAGACCUCUAAAGACACUAUUAUUUCUCAUUAAGUGUUUGUGAGGGCCUGCCAAACAAUAUGACAUGAUGAUUUAACUGUAAUGCAACUAGAUUGUGUAAUUAUAGCAUUGCAUGUAGUCUGUGCAUUUGUAUGUAGAACGUGUGCCUCGGCAUUGUCAUCCAAUAAAAUAUUUCAUCAUACUCAUUUGUAUUGGUCUGUAUUUUAAUUCGUAUGGUAAUGAUCGAGGGCUUUCAGUGGUUUAAGGUGUGAUGUAUUAAAGACUGCAAUUCGUUAAGUCUAUCUGUUAAUGUUUCGCUCAGCUGCUGAGUUGUAAUUUGGUGUUCUACCACGCGUGUGAUUGAUUUGUAUUGAAUGGUGCGCUGAAGAGUUUUUCACUUGCAUGUGUAUGGUGGAGAGUUGGGUUUGCGUAGGAAACAGGUCGACUCCUCAAAGCCAUUUUCACUUGUAUGUGUAUGGUGGGGCAUUGGGUUUGUGUGGGAAACGGGCCUACUCCACAAAGCCAUUUUCACUUGCAUAUGUAUGGUGGGGCAUUGGGUUUGUGUGGGAAACGGGCCGACUCCACAAAGCCAUUUUCACUUGCAUAUGUGUGGUGGGGCAUUGGGUUUGUGCAGGAAAAGGGGCAGUUCCACAAAGCCAUUUCUGACUUAAAUCAACAUUUGAAGCCUCUUUACAACGUGUAUAUGUAGUUUUUUCAUUUUGGCAGUAGA